AUGAGGGAAGAAGUAGCCAGUAACCUGGCAGAGACCCAUUCCACCACUGUGAGAGGGAUUAAGGGAAGCAACCUCAGAGGUGUUGCUACAUUGUGUGUGCAGAAGCAUGAUGCUGAAAUGGCUACAAAGAGGCCUGGUUGUGGGCAAUGUAAAGUGGUAGUUGACCCAUUAGAGAACAUUCAAAUAAAAACUUUGGCUGAUGAUGUGCGAGACCGAAUUACAAGUUUUAGAAAAUCUGCUGUCAAGAAAGAGAAACCUCUCAUUCAACACCCUAUUGACUCUCAAGUUGCCAUGACCGAGUUUCCAGCUGCACAACCUUUAUAUGAGGAACGAUCCCUGAAUUUGACUGAAAAGGAAGUGCUGGAUCUUUUCGAGAAAAUGAUGGAAGACAUGAAUCUAAAUGAAGAACGAAAAGCUCCCCUGCGAGAUAAAGAUUUCGGCACAAAGCAUGAAAUGGUUGUCCAGUACAUUUCUGCCACCGCCAAAUCGAUAGUUGGAAGUAAAGUUAUGGGAGGACUGAAAAAUAGCAAGCAUGAAUGUACCUUAUCUUCCCAAGAAUAUGUGCAUGAAUUACGGUCUGGCAUCUCAGAAGAGAAACUUCUUAACUGCCUAGAGUCUCUGAGGGUGUCCUUAACCAGCAAUCCUGUCAGUUGGGUUAACAACUUUGGUCAUGAAGGUCUUGGUGUCUUGUUGGAUCUAUUAGAGAAGCUUCUCGAUAAGAAACAGCAAGAAAUUAUUGACAAGAAGAAUCAGUAUAAACUUAUUCAAUGCCUGAAAGCUUUUAUGAAUAACAAGUUUGGGUUGCAAAGAAUUUUAGGUGAUGAAAGAAGCCUGUUACUGCUAGCAAGAGCAAUUGACCCCAGACAGCCCAGUAUGAUGACUGAGAUAGUCAAAAUACUUUCUGCUAUUUGCAUUGUUGGAGAAGAUAAUAUUCUAGACAAACUUUUAGGAGCUAUCACUACAGCAGCGGAAAGAAACAGUAAGGAACGAUUUUCACCAAUUGUAGAAGGACUGGAAAACCAUGAAGCCUUGCAGUUGCAGGUUGCCUGCAUGCAAUUUAUAAAUGCCCUUGUUACCUCUCCUUAUGAACUUGAUUUUCGGAUACAUUUAAGAAAUGAGUUUCUCCGUUCUGGACUUAAGAAAAUGUUACCGGGUCUGAAAGAAAAAGACAAUGAUGAACUUGAUAUCCAGUUGAGAGUAUUUGAUGAGAACAAAGAUGACGACUUAAAUGAAUUAUCACAUCGCCUCAAUGACAUUCGAGCAGAAAUGGAUGAUAUGAAUGAAGUCUAUCAUCUUCUUUAUAACAUGCUGAAGGAUACUUCUUCUGAAAAUUACUUGCUGUCCAUUCUACAACAUUUCUUGCUCAUCAGGAAUGAUUAUUAUGUCAGGCCACAAUAUUAUAAGAUCAUUGAAGAAUGUGUUUCACAGAUAGUGCUCCAUGUUAGCGGCAUGGACCCAGACUUCAAAUAUCGACAGAGAUUAGAUGUUGACUUUACUCACCUAAUAGAUGCAUGUGUAGACAAAGCUAAAGUAGAAGAAAGUGAACAAAAGGCAGCGGAAUUUUCCAAAAAGUUUGAUGAGGAGUUCACGGCACGACAGGAGGCCCAGGCUGAACUUCAGCGCCGAGAGGAAAAAAUACAGGAACUCGAAACUGAACUCCAGCAGCUCCGAACUCAGAUCGAUUUUUCUUCUCCUGUAGAAGGAGACAUGGUAAACAUUAAAAAGAACAUUGAUGUCUCAGAGGAAAAGAAAGCUGCUCCCAAGAAGAAAGUUAAAGAACUGAGAAUUUUGGAUGGAAAAACUGCUCAGAAUCUGUCUAUCUUCCUGGGUUCUUAUCGCAUGCCUUAUGAAGAUAUAAAAAACAUCAUUCUGGAAGUAAACGAAGACAUGUUGAGUGAGUCCUUAAUUCACAACCUGGUAAAGAAUCUUCCUGAGCAAAAGGAACUUAGUGCCUUAGCCCAACUGAAGAAUGAAUAUGAUGACCUCUGUGAACCUGAACAAUUUGGAGUUGUGAUGAGCUCGGUGAAAAUGUUAAGACCUCGGCUCCAUAGCAUCCUUUUCAAGCUCACGUUUGAAGAACAUGUAAACAACAUCAAACCCGGCAUCAUGGCAGUAACUCUAGCCUGUGAAGAGACGAAAAAAAGCGAAAGCUUUAAUCGACUUUUAGAGCUGGUCCUCCUGGUUGGCAACUACAUGAACUCGGGCUCUCGAAAUGCCCAGUCGCUGGGUUUCAACAUCAACUUUCUUUGCAAGAUCAGAGAUACUAAAUCAUCAGAUCAAAAAACCACGCUUUUACAUUUUCUUGCUGAAAUUUGUGAGGAAAAAUACCGAGACAUCCUUAAAUUCCCAGAUGAAUUGGCGAACGUUGAAAGUGCAAGCAAGGUUUCAGCUCAGACUCUUAAGAGCAACCUCGAUGCAAUGGAACAACAGAUUGCUCGCCUGGAAAGUGACAUCACAAAAUUCCCCAAGACGGAAGACAAACACGACAAGUUUGUGGAAAAGAUGACCAGCUUUGCAAAGAGUGCCAGAGACCAGUAUGAAAAGCUGCUCACCAUGCACAACAACAUGACAAAACUCUAUGACAAUCUUGGCGAGUAUUUCAUUUUUGACACCAAAAUCGUGGCAAUCGACGAGUUUUUUGGUGAUCUCAGCAGCUUCCGCACCUUGUUCCUGGAAGCAGUGAAGGAAAAUAACAAGAGAAGAGAAAUGGAGGAGAAAAGCAAGCGAGCCAAGCUUGCCAAAGAGAAAGCUGAGCUAGAAAAGCUUGAACGACAGAAGAAGAAGAAGCAGCUGAUGGAGAUGAACAAAGAGGGUGAGACAGGUGUGAUGGAUAAUCUGCUGGAGGCCCUCCAGUCAGGUGCAGCCUUCCGAGAUCGACGAAAGCGGAUACCGAGAAAUCCAGAUAACAGACGAGCACCUUUGGAAAGGUCACGUUCCCGCCACAAUGGAGCCAUCCCAUCUGCAUGAACCCGGAGGCCGAAGACCUCAGAGAAUGGCGUUGGAAGCCAAGAGGCAUUUUGAGCAGAGUGCAGCAUGGACUCGUGUGACAAAGAAGAAAGUAAAUCAAAUCCAAGUUCUGUGUCUCUGUAAAUCUACUGCUAAACCCCAAAGCCCCAUGAUUGUACUAAUAGGAACACAAUUACCAGAGUCAGCAGCGGGGGUAUUGAGUGUAAGGACUUGCAUUGAUUGUGUAUUCUCAGGUGGUCUGCUGAGGAGGGACAGGUGAGGAAAGGAAGAAACCCUGUAGGCACUGGAUAGAGAAGAAGAAAAUAGAAACUGAUUCCAAACUGCAGUGAUGAAGUAGAUGAGGUCCCAGUGAAGAAGCAGUCCAUUGCUGUUCCUAGAGGAACAAAACUGUGCCUAUUCAUGAAGACUGAGAACACAGCUUAAGAGAGAAGCCAGCCACCUUAGCACUUGCACAACUCAAGUUCCUUAGGCUCUGGUCCCCAGGGAAAUCGAAUGGAUUCAUGUGCUUUUGCUGAAAUUAAACUGUUCAUCAAUCUAGAGUUUGUUACUUCUUA